AUGUCGUGGCGGGAGCCAGACCGUCUUUUGAGCCGCACUUGGUAUAUGACUCCGCCGCGGGGGCCUUCUUUGUCACCUCGAGUGCUAGGAGUAGAAAGCUUCUUCUUGCUCUUGCGCUUGCUCUUGCAUACAGCGGCCGAUGCUUGCUGUCUCUCUCGUACCUUCGUCCCCUCCGCUGCCGCGAAUGCUCGGCCAUCUCGCUUCAUGGUCAUGGUGGCCUCCGGCAAUAGCAAGACCAGUCUCUACAGUCUCCCCUAUGAUCUCCUCUACCAGAUCGUCUCCGACCUCGACUACACCGACUACAUCCAUCUCAGUCGCACUAACAGGACGCUGUAUAGCCUGCUUCAGAAUGAGCUCCUUGCUAAACGCUCUAUCGAGAAAUCCGUACGCGAGGCCAAGGAGGCCCAGCAGGCCUUUGCUGGCAAAAUCUCCUUUCGCGAAGCCAUUGGCCGCAUCUACGAUAACAAGCAGGCUGUCGCCUCCGCCAACCCGUACGCCGUCGCCGUGCUGGCAUAUGCCUCCACAUUCCUGUAUCAGGAUGGCGUGCUGUCCUACUAUUGUGCCAACGAAAUCCGGAUUUUGAAUGUCCAUCAGGCUGCCCACACAGAGCAAGUCCUCGACGUCCGGAAUGUGUUCCGGCGAAUCAUCCCCGCCUUUCGUGAAGACGAGGCCCAAAACGUCUCGGUUCAGCUCUCCUUUUUGUAUUAUUCUGCGGGAGUGUUGGCUAUCCUGGCUGAAAUCGGCGAUACCAAUGCCUGGCUGAUUCUUCUCGAUGUUACACCGCAUGGACCUGCCUGCAACCGCGGCCGCCUCAAGUUUCUGAGACAGCUGGAAUGCACACGACGCUUAUUCGUGCGUCAUAACGGCUCUCAUUUGUUCUACGGUGUAUAUUCUACUGUAGGACUCUCCAGCGACCCCCAGUGGUCAGUGCAAUGGGUGGAUCUGGCAAGGAAUAAUGACGAAUUGGCAACCGAGCCCAUUCUAUUGGACAGGUUUGCUGGCACUGACAUUGGCCAAAACGUGUGUUUUGAAAUAUUCGAUAACCACCUAUAUGCUGUGACUAGUGCGCUUGACUCGGACGAAGAACAAUUACACCGGGAAUCUUUCUACGAAUGGACGUGUAUCUCGCCUGCCAGCCGUGUUCGUCGAGCGAAGAUCCGGAGAAUCUUUCGGCGGUUGCACACCGAAGGGCCAAUCAACGACACUUGGUCCGAGAUGUCUUUGCGGCUGGAUGAGGCUACCGGACGGCCGAUGAUCACCGAGUGCCGUCGUGAGUGGCUUCAGGGCCGCACGGACAAUGUGCGCACCUACUACACCGAGCCACUGAUGCGCCCGUCAGAGCUGUCUACUGCAAUGGCCGAAGAUGAUUCUGCGACGAAUACGCGUGAGGCUGAGCAACCAACACCCCGUGACACACCGCUGAUCUCAGCAGCCUCCUCGCGCUAUCCUCUUAUUACCGGGGGCGCCGGCCCAAGCAACAUCACCGUUGCUGAGUUUGCGUCAGCAGCGUGCAGAAAAACCCCGGACGGCGAUGUUGUCAGGCCAGAUAAGUACAAGCACACCGAGUAUGCCGACUCUUCGGUCCCUAAACGCGACUUUAUCCUUGCCAGAACAAAAUACCGAGCGUACAACCCUUCUGCCGCUGCCUUUGUCGACCUCAUCAACGACCCCGAGCCGAGCACCAGCGUCGGAGUCGUCCAGGACCGACUACGCUUGCGCAUCUGUUCUCGGAAGCGCAAGCAACCGAAAGAAGUAGAAGACCCCCAAUCCAAAAGACAGAAACAGAGCGAAACAUCAGAAAGCGAGGAGCAGCAGUAUGUUAGCAAUGGAGUGAAGCUGUGGCCGGCAGACGAUGCAGAUCAGGACGUGCUUGACCUGUUAUGCCCGGCGAAGCGGGCUUCUAAUGUGCAUGGGGCUGCUGAUGAGAGAACUCUUGUCUAUUCUGUUGAUAUCGAUACUGAUGAGCCGCAUCAACAGGCUAUUAUUCUAGUGGGGUUUGACCCUCGAAUAAGACUUCCCUGUAUGCGUAGUAGGAAACGGAAGCUGGGUGAUUUAUUAAUAGAUACAAAGGAUAGGCCCAUGGACAUUGAUCUGCCUCGUCUGGAGGAUAUUAUAGACAGCUCAAAAGUCUCAGUUGAAGGAUCACAACACAAUCUACCCCGGCCACGGUCGGUACGGACAGAGGAUGCAAUGCAUCUUUCUAUUAAUAGGGGAUACUGGUUUGACAGAGGGCAAUCAUGUACAAACAAUAUUGCAUAA